GCCUCACAAUAUGCUGCAGAAGCAGAUGCUUGUCUCAGUCUCCCACAACCCGUCACACCCAAGCCAAGAGGAAGAUGGCAGACCCUCCACCACCUGCACCUUGGAGGAGGAGCUGUCUCCAUGCCACCUGCUGACAGUGAGGGUCAUCCGGAUGAAAAACGUCCGACAGGCUGACGUGGUAAGCCAGACAGACUGCUUUGUGAGCCUCUGGCUGCCCACCACCUCUAAUAAGAGGCUGAGGACUAGGACCAUCUCCAACUGCCGAAACCCAGAGUGGAAUGAAACCUUCAAGUUCCAGAUCCAGACCCAAGUGAAGAACGUGCUAGAGCUGAGCGUCUGUGAUGAAGACACGGUGACACCAGAUGACCAUUUCUUGACAGUUCUCUAUGACCUCACCAAGCUCUGCUUCCGAGAGAAAACCCAUGUGAAGUUCCCACUCAACACAGAGGGCAUGGAGGAGCUGGAGGUGGAGUUCCUGCUGGAGGAGAGCCCCUCUCCACCUGAGAGUCUCAUCACCAAUGGCGUGCUGGUGUCUCGACAAGUGUCCUGCCUGGAGGCUCAUGCAGAAUCCAGGAGACAGACGAAUGGGAAAAUGAAGGACCUCCUGGUGACAGUGACGGAGUCCUUCGAGCACACCCAGCACAUCUCACACUGCCUGGAUCCCUGCCACCCAAACCCUGCCUGCUUCCACUACCCCAAGUACUUCCAGCCCCAGAUCCACGUGGAGGUGCCCAAAAGCCAGUGGAGCUCUUCGCUUUCCUGCUGCGGUGCGUGCAAGAACGACCCUGUGUCCCAGCCCCUGGAUUGCCUGUGUGACGGCCAGGCGGUGACCCUGCCUGUGAACAAGAAUUCUGAAUUACACAUGAAGUCUACACCCUGCUCUGAGGCACUGGACGUGCGUCUGGGCUUCAGCCUGUGCCAGGCAGAGCUGGAGUUCCUGCAGAAGCGGAGGGUGGUGGUGGCUGAGGCGCUGAAGCAGGUGUUGCAGCUGGAGGAGGACCUGCAGACAGACGAGGUCCCACUGAUAGCCGUUAUGGCCACUGGGGGUGGAACAAGAUCCAUGACUGCCAUGUAUGGCCACCUGCUGGGGCUACAGAAGCUGAACAUCCUGAACUGUGCCAGCUACAUCACUGGCCUGUCAGGGGCCACCUGGACCAUGGCUACCUUGUACCGUGACCCUGACUGGUCCUCCAAAAACCUGGAGCUUGCCAUCCUCGAGGCACGGAGGCACGUAGUCAAGGACAAGAUGCCCGCUCUGUUCCCAGAUCAGCUCCUCAAAUUCCAGAAGGAGCUGCAGCAGCGCAAGCAGGAAGGCUACAAAGUCAGCUUCACAGACUUCUGGGGCCUGCUGGUCGAGGCCUGUCUGGGAGAUGAGAGAAAUGAAUGCAAACUGUCAGAUCAGAGUGCUGCUUUGUGCCAGGGCCAGAACCCCCUGCCCAUCUACCUCACCAUCAAUGUCAAGAAUGAUGUAAGCAACCAGGAUUUCAGAGAGUGGUUCGAGUUCUCCCCCUACGAGGUGGGCCUGCCGAAGUAUGGAGCUUUCAUUCCCACCGAGCUCUUCGGCUCCGAGUUCUUCAUGGGGCGGCUGAUGAGGAGGAUCCCAGAGUCGCGGAUGUGCUACAUGCUAGGUUUGUGGAGCAGCAUCUUCUCCCUGAACCUGCUUGAUGCCUGGAAUUUGUCCCACAACUCGGAAGAGUUUUUCCACAGGUGGACAAGGGAGAGAGUGCAUGAUAUUGAAGACGAUCCACACCUACCUGAAAUCCCCAAAUGUGAUGCCAACAUCCUGGACACCACGGUGGUGAUGCCAGGGUCAUGGCUGUCCAAUACUUUCCGCAACAUCCUCACCUACCGGGCCUUUGUGUCUGAGUUCCACAACUUCCUGCUGGGGCUGCAGCUGCACACCGACUACCACCAGAAUGGCCAGUUCUCCACGUGGAAAGACACGGUGCUAGAUGGCUUCCCAAACCAGCUGACAGGGUCCGCGAACCACUUGUGCCUGCUGGACACUGCAUUCGUCAUCAACUCCAGCUACCCACCCAUCCUCAGGCCGGAGAGAAAAGCUGACCUCAUCAUCCAUCUCAGUUACUGUGCUGGGUCCCAGACAAAGCCCAUGAAACAAACCUGCAAGUACUGCACCGAGCAGAACAUCCCCUUCCCCAAAUAUGAGGUGCAGGAGGAGGAUGAUAACCUCAAGGAGUGCUACCUGCUGGAGAACUCCCAGGAACCCAAUGCCCCCAUUGUGAUUUUCUUCCCACUCAUCAACGACACCUUCCAAAAGUACAAGGCCCCAGGUGUGGAGCGAAGCCCCGAGGAGCUGGAGCAGGGCCAGGUUGACAUCUAUGGUCCCAAAUCUCCCUACACCACCAAGGAGCUGACAUACACGGAGGCUGCCUUCGACAAGCUGGUGAAGCUCUCCGAAUAUAACAUCCUGAAUAACAAGGACAAGCUCCUUCAGGCCUUGCGAGUGGCAGUAGAGAAGAAGAAACGCCUGAAGAGCCAGUGUCCCCCUAAAGUCCCAGGACACCCCUAAAGGGUCCCCCCUAAAGUCCCAGGACAAUCCUGUGUCUGCUUCUAGCAUCACAGGUGCAGAACCCAGGGCUGACCGGCCCUCAGAGCCAGCUCCACUCUCUAGCAAGGGCUGCAGGCAGGCUGGCUUGGGCUUUCUAUCAAAAAAUUAAAAUUAAAAGAAAAAGUUGAGAGAGAAAGAGAAAGAAACAAAGGAAAAUAACAAGGGGAUGUACUGGGGCUUUAUACCCACUGGAAUUUUUUUAAACAUCUUUAUUGGAGUAUAAUUGCUUUACGCUGUUGUGUUAGUUGCUGCUCUAUAACAAACUGAAUCAGCUAUACAUAUACAUAUAUCCCCAUAUCCCCUCCCUCUUGCGUCUGCCUCCCACCCUCCCUAUCCCACCCCUCUAGGUGGUCACAAAGCACCGAGCUGAUCUCCCUGUGCUAUGCGGCUGCUUCCCACUAGCUAUCUGUUUUACAUGGUAGUGUAUUUAUGUCCAUGCCACUCUCUCACUUCAUCCCAGCUUACCCUUCCCCCUCCCCGUGUCCUCAAGUCCAUUCUCUAUGUCUGCGUCUUUAUUCCUGUCCUGCCCCUAGGUUCUUCCUAACCAUUUUUUUUUUAGAUUCCAUAUAUAUGUGUUAGCAUACAGUGUUUUUCUCUUUCUGACUUACUUCAAAUGCUUUUUAAAAUUUAAUGCAGUUGUAUUCUUGUGAUUUUUAUAAGCAAUUGUAUUUUGUGAUUUUUUUUUUUAUGAAUCAGCUUAUUAAUAGGAAGCAUAAUGCUUGAAGAUCUAGAUGGAGCACUAGAGACAUCCUGGUCUCUUCAACAACAAACACAAACAGGUGAUGGGGUUUCAGCAGCCACUCUGCAACCAAAGGCCCAGGACAAGUGAUCCGUUUGAUCCCCACUGGGCAGCCUCGACUGAGCAUCCAGCUCUGGCAAAAUGCCAGACAAAGCCCAAGUCUGCAGCUCCGGUUCACCAAACAAGGAUCUCGGAUGCAGCUCUGGGAUGUCUGGGCAGGUACAUGAGGCAUCAGGUGAGUGAUGCUGCCUGGUGUCGCCACUCCAUGGGGCCACCGCUCGCUGACCAACCUGCUCCUGAGGCACUUCUCCAUCCUCUUACCACCUCCUCUCUGGUUUCCAGAUGGUAUUACUUAUUUCUAAGCGGCAUUUCUCUUAUUUAUUAUGUAAACACUGUGCCCAGAACAUCCCAACUCUUGAAGAGUCACCCUGAGAUAACAAAACUGGAAAGGAUCAGCCCAGAAAGGACUAGGUUAACCCUGAGGAAAAUGCUCAUCUUUGGAGAUGGUUUCCAGAUGAACCUCUGGGAAAGCCCUGGGACACAGAACCUCAAAGCAUCCACAUUUCCCAUCAGGCUGGGAACUUAACUAAAGAAAUGUGUAGGACUUCCCUGGUGGCGCAGUGGUUAAGAAUCCACCUGCCAGUGCAGGGGACACAGGUUCGAACCCUGGUCCGGGAAGAUCCCACAUGCUGCGGAGCAAUUAAGCCCGUGCGCCAGAACUGCUGAGCCUGCGUGCCGCAGCUACUGAAGCCCACGCGCCUAGAGCCCGUGCUCCACAACAAGAGAAGCCACCACAAUGAGAAGCCCACGAUCCGUAACAAGAGUAGCCCCCAGCUCUCCACAACUAGACAAAGCCCUUGCACAGCAGCGAAGACCCAAUGCAGCCAAAAAUAAAUAAAUAAAUAUAUAUAUUUUUUAAAAAUAGCGAAAUGUGUAACCUGAGCCAUUGAGAUGCCUGUGCUGAUGGAAGGCGUGACCAGAAAGGCAUGUGGUCUACAUGAAGCCCAGCAAACCUGGAAGACAUGGCCCUCUCUCUGGGCCACCAUGCUCCCUAAGCAGUCCUUUGGAUGUUAGGAGAUGUGCGGUGACAGGUGUCAAAAGUUUACCAAAAUUGUCCUCUGAUUUACAUCCUUGCUACCCAAAGUGUGGUGGGGAACUGGUUAGAAAUGCAGAAUCUAAGGCCCCACCCCAGCCAUACUGAAUUCAGAAUCUGCAUUUUAAGGAGAUUUUCACCUCCUCUCCACUGCCUUCAGGUGACGCUUAUGCAUAUUAAAGUCUGAGAGGAGAGGGUUUAUGCCAUGCUCACUCAUAAGCUGGAAAGCAUGAAUCCAUCACUUCCCCUGAGCCACUGAUAAACUGGGCUCCUGGACCUGCAAAGCUGGUCCCCACCCAGAGAAUGCUGACUUGGGACCCCACCCUGCUCCAACACCAGAGCAGCCAGCUGCCUCCACUUUGCCAUCUUUUCUUUCCAUCUGCAAGAAACAGGUUCUCCUUAAAAUGAUCAGAGUGAGCCACUGGGUAAGACCUGGGUGUUUAUUGUAAGGUGAAGGCAGCCCUGCCUUGGAUUCAUCAAAGUAUAUAAAACAAGGUUUAUAAAAUCAUUGUAUUAUUUGAGCACAGAAUAAACUGGCCAUGUGGGUAAAUGCUGCCGACUCAUCAGCUUUCAUCAUCUGGUGCUGCAAAACCUGCGUAACUCCUGCCCUCAUCCCUGCCUGGGCUUCCCACAUGCACUACCAGAGGUGUGAGAAGGCUGUUUUCAUCCCAGCCCUCCUCUCCUCCUGCAGGGGUUCCCCCUUUCUUGUGUGGUGGGGUGCCCCUGUUUUUGUGAAGCUGUGUCAGCGACUAGUGGAGCACCAGCCCUUGCUGACUUAUGCUGUUUGAAGCUCAGUUGGUUUUCACGAAGCACUGAUUGACAGAGAGGAAAGAAGGGCGGCCAGCAUCAGCCUAGCACCUACCUGAUAUACAGCAGUCUGUGAACAGCCUCUGCUUUCCAGGAACUUAGAUUUGGGCUGGGGGGUAAAACAUGAAAAGAUUUGUAUACAGACUCGAGAAGUUACAUAGUGACUUAGCUUCUAAAACAAUGCUGGCAAUGUCACAGAGCAGGGGAUGAGCAAGGGCCACACAAGGGAUAAA